AUGUUGGGUGAGUGUGAGGGUUUGAUAUUUCUGUGUGGUGUGUGGAUGGUGUGGACGUAUGGUGAGGUAGAAGUAGGCACAGUUGUCGAAGUCGACGAUGUGCAUUCUGUUGUCGACGUCGACGUUGUUGGAGUCGUGGAUGUAGAACUGGACUCAGUAGUCUACGUCGUUGUUGUCGGAGUAGUGCUGGUAGUACUAGUCUCAGUUGUCGAUGUCGACGUUGUGGAUUCUGUUGUCGACGUCGACGUUGUUGGAGUCGUGGAUUUAGAACUGGACUCAGUAGUCGACGUUGUUGUUGUCGGAGCAGUGCUGGUAGUACUAGUCUCGGUUAUCGAAGUCGACGUGGUGGAUUCUGUUGUCGACGUGGACGUUGGAGCUUUAAUGGUAGGACAAGACUCAGGUAAGGAAGCGGAUUGCUGUUGA